UUGGCCAACAAACUCAUGACAUUCAUUGUUUUGAGCCUGACGUUUAUUUUGUGUUCGACGAAUCCUUACAGUUAGAUGCAAAGGUAGUUCUUUCCCAACCGAAGAUGAGUGCGGCGGAAGGCACAGCUACACUGCUGUCCGGCAGGACUCUGUCAAAGGAAAUUUUUGCCACACUUAGCCAGGAGGUUGCACAGCUUGCGGAGGCCAUUCCUGGUUUCAAGCCUGGUCUCACCAUUGUCCAGGUUGGUGAUAGAGAGGACUCCAAUGUAUACAUUCGCCAGAAAGUGAAGGCAGCCGACGAGGUUGGCAUUCUUGCUCGCCAUGUCAAGAUCCCAAGCAGCUCGACCCAGUCAGAUCUGAUGACCCUGAUCGACAGUCUGAACAAUGACAUCUCAGUGCAUGGCAUCAUUGUGCAGCUGCCGCUGCAAUCUGACUCACCAAUAGACUCUGCCGCUGUCUUGCGUCAAGUAGCUCCGGAGAAGGACGUCGAUGGCUUACACGAGGUCAACAUUGGACGGUUGGCAAAUGGCGACAUUCCCGAAGGCCGUGUGCCGUGCACACCGUGCGGUGUCAUGGAGCUAGUCAAGUAUUCAGGAAUUGAAUUGGCAGGACGUAAGGCUAUUGUUGUUGGUCGAAGCCGUGUUGUGUCCCAGUCAGCUAUUGGUAGCACUGAUCCACCACUGGUACCAACCAUUGACGAUGAUGGUGAUGGGUGCGACGAGGUGGCAGUUCACCAAGGAUCGCCGGUCGCUGAUCUUCUGAAAUGGGCCAAUGCCACAGUUACAGUGUGUCAUUCCAAAACAGCUAAUGUUCAGGCAGAGGUUUGUAAUGCGGAUGUGCUGGUGGCAGCAUGCGGACAGCAGGAGAUGGUGAAGGGUGACUGGCUGAAGCCUGGCUGUGUUGUGAUCGACUGUGGUAUUCACAGUGUACCAGAUGCAAGCAAGAAGAGUGGCAAGCGCCUAGUCGGUGAUGUUGAGUUUGCGUCAGCAUCCAAGGUUGCAUCUCAUAUCACCCCCGUCCCUGGCGGUGUUGGCCCGAUGACUGUUGCCAUGCUCAUGUCUAAUACUGUCAAGUGUGCCAGAGCUUUCAGCCUCAAGUGCCAGGGUGGCAAGUGGGAUAUUCGCUACCUAGGUUUGAACAAGCUGAAGCCAGUUCCCAAUGAUUUGUCAAUUGCCAUUGCUCAAACACCGAAGGAUGUUGCCGAGAUCGCCCGUGAGCUCGGUCUUCUGCCUACAGAGAUUGACUUUUAUGGAAAGAAGAAGGCAAAGGUAGCACUGAACACACUGGAUCGCCUAUCCUCGGUGAAAGAUGGCCGAUAUGUAGUUGUUACUGGUAUUACGCCGACUCCGCUGGGUGAAGGCAAGAGUACUACCACAAUUGGUCUCGCACAGGCUCUGGGUGCGCACCGCAAUCACAACAUCUUUGCGUGCGUGCGUCAGCCGUCACAGGGACCCACGUUUGGCAUCAAGGGUGGCGCUGCAGGCGGUGGCUACUCGCAGGUCAUUCCCAUGGACGAGUUUAAUCUUCACUUGACCGGAGAUAUCCACGCCAUCACUGCCGCCAACAACUUGUGUGCCGCUGCUAUUGAUGCCCGUAUCUUCCAUGAGUCGACCCAGUCCGAUCAGGCCCUGUACAACCGACUUGUUCCCAAGGUCAAGGGCAAGCGUACAUUCUCUAAUAUCCAGUUCGGUCGCCUCAAGCGCCUUGGAAUCGACAAGACCAACCCGGACGAGCUGACAGAGGAGGAGAUCGGCCGUUUCGCUCGCCUGGACUUUGACAAGUCCACGAUCACUUGGCAACGUGUGAUGGACACAAACGACAGAUAUCUGAGAAAGAUCACUGUUGGCCAGUCUCCCACUGAGAAAGACAUCACGAGAGAGACUCAGUUUGAUAUCACCGUUGCCAGUGAGAUCAUGGCCGUUCUGGCUCUCACCAAGGAUCUCCGUGACAUGAGGGAACGCCUGGGCAAUAUGGUUGUUGCCAGCAACAAACGUGGCGAGCCCAUCACAACCGAAGAUUUGGGAGUCUGUGGUGCACUGGCAGUGCUCAUGAAGGAUGCCAUACGACCCAAUCUGAUGCAGACGUUGGAGGGCACACCGGUGUUUGUCCACGCUGGUCCCUUCGCCAACAUCGCGCACGGAAACUCGUCCAUUCUCGCCGAUCGCAUUGCUCUCAAGCUUGUGGGUGAAAAUGGUUAUGUAGUGACUGAGGCCGGUUUUGGUGCUGACAUCGGAAUGGAGAAAUUCUUCAACAUCAAGUGCCGUGCUAGUGGUCUUGUGCCCAACUGUGUUGUCCUUGUCGCCACUAUCCGUGCCCUGAAGAUGCAUGGUGGUGGUCCAAAGGUGACCGCUGGCACUCCGCUUCCCAAGGAAUACUCAGAGGAGAACUUGGACCUUGUGCGAAAUGGCUGCUCAAAUUUGAAGAAGCAGAUCGAAAACGCCACCAAGUUUGGAGUUCCAGUUGUCGUCGCAAUCAACCAGUUCAGCUCUGACAUUGCCACAGAACUUGAGGUUGUCCGUGAGGAAGCAUUGGCUGGUGGUGCAGUAGACGCAGUCAUCUGCAACCACUGGGCAGAAGGUGGUGAGGGUGCUGUUGACCUUGCCAAGGCUGUGGAGGUUGCGUGCACUCGCGAGAGCCAGUUCAAGUUCUUGUACGACGUCAAUUUGCCUAUUGCGGAGAAGAUCGAAAUAAUUGCUCGUGAGAUCUACGGUGCCGAUGGCAUCUCCCUGGAAGAGGAGGCCGCGCGUAAAGUGGAGCUCUACACAAAGCAGGGCUUCGCCAACCUGCCAAUCUGCAUGGCAAAGACCCAUCUCUCGCUGUCCCAUCAGCCAGAGCGUAAGGGCGCGCCGACCGGAUUCACGCUGCCGAUCAGAGAUGUCCGUGCCAGUGUUGGUGCUGGAUUCCUGUUCCCUCUUGUUGGAACUAUGACAACUAUGCCAGGACUGCCAACCCGUCCGUGCUUCUACGAUAUCGAUCUAAACGUGGAAACUGAAGAAGUGAUCGGACUAUUCUGACACUCGCACAUGGUCUCUUUGCUGGGAACUUCACUCUAGAUUCAACAAAUUUUCAAGCAUGUCCCUCCCUCUAGGCGAAAAGUAAAACUUCUAUAAUUUGAUAUCAUGUUUCCUUAGGUAUAGCUGCGUCCGUGUUCGCUCAACAUGGGUAGAAUCCUUAGGCAUCCAAUUUUAUCUUGAAAUUUCUUGGUUCGAAGAGUCAUACAAUCAUGUACAUAUCUUA